UAGCAGUUGAUGGAUGGAUGGAUGGAAUUUUAUCUGUGACAGAAAUCGGCACAGAAACUUCAAAUGGGUCAUUUAGCUUGUUUACAAACAGUUGUGGUUAUAGAUCUUAACAAUAUAUGUAAAAAAAUAUGAAUUAUUAGAACAUUAAGUAGGCCUAUUUAUUAAAAACAAAUCGAAAAAUAUGAAACAAAACUUUUCAAAACAACUAUAACAGAAUCAACAAACAUAGCUUAAGACAGUCGGUGUUCUUCACGGGAGAAUUACUGGAAAAUAUAUAUCUAAACGAAUUUAGAUAAGUGAAUUUGAUUUAUAGCUUUUCGACGAAAACUACGAUAAUUAUACGCAUGCAAACAGCUGUAUAGGCCUACAUGGGGAAUAAAUCGUCACCGUUUUGUUGCUAAAGACAGGCUUUAUUGAUUACACUAAGUUUAUUCUGGGAGUGGUUUAUAUCGCUCCGCUAACGAGAUUGAUAAAUUUACGUAGCUAAAAACAAUGUUUAACUUUCAACGAAAUGGCUUUCCCUGAACGUAGUGUUUCUGUAUGAUAUACAUGUAUUUUUGUUUUGCGAUGGAAGGACGCGGUGAAAGACGGCGAAGAAGAACCGGAGUCGCGGCUGCAAACGCGACCUCGCACAGGCGAGUGCUUGAAGCUAAGCUGCCUGUGACCCUCUGCUAGUGGAUUCCUCUUAAUGGGAAGUGACAGACGCUCUGAGGUUUUCGAGGGACAAGUGAGAGGUAACGAUCACCACAAUCAGAUUAGCCCAGAUUAAACUGAACAUUUAUCGGCAAAUCCUAACGUUACCCUGGCUUCAGCAUCAACAAUGGUUUGGUGCUCUAAGACAUGCACCUGUUGAAGGACUAGCAGCGGACAGCCUGUCAGUGAGAGGCGCAGCAGGAUAUAAGGGUAUAUAUUAUUAUAUAUUUUUUUAGGUUAAAUUUUUUUUGCGACCCCAAAAAUAAAUUGUUGGAUGGCUGAUGGUCCAAUCCAUAUGUGUCAGACCUGCAUACCUUAGUGGGCUAUGUCCUGUGUAUCCUUCCUAUUGAGGACUGUGUACGGAGCUAUGUUAAGUGGAAAUCCCAAGUCAGAACUGCGAAACAUCCUGAACGCUUCACAUGUCGCUCGUUUCCAAAUGCCUGGAUUGUUUCAGAGGAAAUGGAAGCAGGUAUGGUGAUAUUUUAGUGGUGAAAAGUCAGCCAUUUUGUUUUUCUUGUUGCUUUACUGUAAAUAAACAGAGAAUUUAUAGGGAUAAUUGGUCUUAACUAUGGCUGUGACUACUCUGAUAAAAUGUAAUACUUUUAACAAUUGGAUAUUUUAAAUUAAAAAUGCAGUGUUAUGCCUGGUUUGAUUCUCAGUUUGAAACACUAAGGUAUAAUUCGGGAUGCUGGGUAAUAAUUUAAUGUUCCGUUGAGGUUAUUUUCUAUGGCUGAAACCUGAGCCAGUAGAUAUUUGGGUACCUGGGUAAGCAGCAAAGUUGAAAGUUGAGUAAAAUCUGUUUUCUGAAUGAAUCUCUAUGUGCAGUUCUGGUACCGUCCUGCUGUCCAGACAGAGCUGCCUUCAUGGGUCUUUCAUUAAAGUAGCUCCUUCAUCAGGAUUUUAAGGACGGGAAGAAAGGAAAAGCUCUUACAUAGACUUCAGGAGAAGGUCUUCAAAAGCCGUCAGGAUGUUGAGCGCAAUUUUUCCGGAACUGGACAACCCUUAGUGUGAUUUCUGUUCAGAACGUUCCUGCUUUUCUGCAUUUGCCUGAUAAAAAUCCAGUUACUGCAUUCACUCCGCUAUUCACAUUGCUACAUUUAUUAUGUAUAGUGGGCAAAAUCCACUGUCAGAGGAAGGGUAUUUGUUGGGCUGUGUUUGUCAUUUGAUGUUGAUAGCUGGUGGUGUAACAUUAAAUAUUGUAGUAGAGGCAGCGGUGGCUCCCAGUAUACCUGUAAGCAUCCUGCAGGAUGGAGUCCUGUCUGGAGUUGGCCCUGAAGGGAGAGCGGCUGUGCAAGGAGGGCAGCUAUGGUGCUGGAGUCUCCUGCUUCGAGGCCGCCAUGCAGAUCGGGACUGGUGACCUCCAGAUGCUCAGUGCCAUUUACAGCCAGCUGGGGAACGCCUAUUUCCACCUCGACGACUACGCCAAAGCUUUGGAGUUCCACCGCUAUGACCUCACCCUCACCAAGACAAUAGGGGAUCAGCUUGGAGAAGCCAAAGCAAGUGGAAACAUCGGCAACACUUUGAAGGUUUUGGGGAGAUUCGAGGAAGCAAUAUUUUUCUGCCAGAAUCACCUGGACAUAUCCAGGAUCCUUCAUGAUAAGGUUGGCGAAGCCCGAGCGCUGUACAGUUUGGGGAACGUGUACCACGCCAGGGGGAGGAGCUUCUGUUGGAGUGGGCCGGACCCCUCUGACUUUCCAAAGGACACUCUGCUGGCGCUAAGGAUGGCUGUUCGCUUCUAUGAGGCGAAUUUGUUGAUAGUGAAGGAGCUGGGGGAUCGGGCUGCUCAGGGGCGAACCUAUGGCAACCUGGGUAACACGCACUACAUGCUGGGUGACUACGGCAACGCGAUUGUGGCGCACGAGCAGAGGCUGCUCAUUGCCAAGGAGUUUGGUGACAAGGCUGCGGAGAGAAGGGCGUGCUGCAACUUGGGGAACGCUUACAUUUUCCUUGGAGAAUUUGAAGUGGCAGCAGAGCAUUACAAGAGGACACUACAGCUUGCUCGGCAGCUUCAGGAUCGGGCGGUGGAGGCCCAAGCCUUCUACAGCCUGGGAAACACCUAUACCCUGCUUCAGGACUAUAAGAGGGCCAUCGACUACCAUCACAGACACCUUGUUAUUGCACAGGACCUCAACGACAGGGUGGGAGAGAGAUGUGCAUGCUGGAGUUUGGGCAACGCCUACACCGCUUUGGGAAAUCUUGACCAGGCUAUGCACUUUGCUAAGAAACAUCUGGAAAUUUCCAAAGAGACAGGAGACCAACGUGGUGAGCUCACCGCUAGCAUGAACGUCUCAGACCUUCAGGCGGUUCUCGGUCUCCGCAACAACUCUGACAGCAGUGCAGCCUUGAUUGAAAUUGAGGGGCUGGACACUCAAGGGGAAAAGCCCAGAGCAGAAAGGCGAGGAAGCGUGGAGAAAAUAGAGCUGGUGAAACUGUGUCCAGACAAGAUCAGUGAACAGAAGCAGAAUCCUCACGACAUAACCAGCCAGGCUAAGGUCUCGUUGGCUAAGACGUCCUCCAGGCUGUCCUUUGUCAGUCGUCUCCGAGCAAAGAUGCACAGAAAUAGCCGCUCUGCCCUAAAGGCCCCUCAGAACUACAGUAACAGCCUGGAUGUAGAGGGAGACCUAGAGGGGGCAGGGAAGGCCCAUGAUAUGCUGGGAGACGAGGUUUUCUUUGACCUGCUGAGCAGAUUCCAGAGCAGUCGAAUGGAUGACCAAAGAUGCAACAUACAGGAAGGCAAGAGCCAUAUAUCUGCCCCCAGCAGCCCUACCCCACCUUUGCCCAGGCCUAUGAAGAAAUCUCACACGAUUUUGGCAUCCUCACCACACGAACCCUUCCUGGAUGCAAUUGCCAGCUUUCAGAACCGACGUCUGGAUGAGCAGCGGGCCAGUGCAGACCUCCUCCCAGGCCUACGGGUCAACCAGCAGCACCACCAGUCCGUUCUCAGCCGCCUGAAGGAGAGCGGAGAUGCCAAGGAGCCCAGCGAGGACUUCUUUGAUACACUGGUCAAGUGUCAGAGCUCCAGACUGGAUGACCAGAGAUGCGCUGGGCCUCUGUUGACCACUAAAAGCCUGACCGUUCCAGAUGAUGACUUUUUCAGCCUUAUCUUGCAAGCUCAGGCCAAGCGAAUGGAUGAGCAGCGGGCCACGUUCUGUCCUUUCUCACGGAGGCCCAGCUCCAGCUGAGCUGGCACACUGCUGUGUCCAGUCGCCCAUUUUGACUACAAAUAGCACAAUUGUCUUUGAUGAAGGAAUCAGGGUUGAAGCAUAUUUGCCAGACUUUAUAGUGACAAAGAUGGACGUGUAAGUGUGGAAACUUACAUUGGGAUAAGUUUAGUUUUCAUUAUGAGACUCCCUGCGUUUUCCCUUUUUCUUCUUGGAUCCUGAUGUUGUUUCCAGAUCUUGAGCUGCUUCGUCUUUGAUAGUAGGACUUGCAAGAAAAGGUAAAUAAAACAAAACUGCUCACUUUCCAUCUGCUAUCAGAGCAGUCCAGCUCCAACUGCACUAGAAGAUGGGUCACCCAAAGAAGAACUCUUAGAAAUCUCUGGGUGCAACCCGGCGCAGAAUCCUGCUGGGACAGAGGAAGUAUUCCUGCUCCAUAGACUACGAACGCCAUCAAUGGGAACUGCUGCUCUAGUGAAAGUGGGGAAGUCCUUCAUAGGCACCAAAACGCCAAGACUGCACAAAACCCAGAUCUGACAGAAGUGCAGAGAGAAUCUUCCUAUUGAACUAGAAAUUUUUCACUUUGCCACAAUUUGUCAUGGAAUUUGUUGAUAGCAAGUUUGCUUUAUAAAAUACUACCUAGUAAGGUCUUGCUCACUGUAGUUACAUCUGUUUGGAACUGUAAAUGUUGGCUUUGCAUCAGAAAUGUACAGUAUUAAGUAAAUUUUGAUUGUAUGACUAAA